AUGGCAUUCCCUGUGGAUAUGCUGGAUAAUUGCAGUCACGAGGAACUGGAAAAUUCUGCUGAGGAUUACAUGUCAGAUCUAAGGUGUGGGGACCCUGAAAAUCCUGAGUGUUUUUCUCUUCUCAAUAUUACGAUUCCUAUUAGCCUGUCAAAUGUAGGCUUUGUACCUCUUUAUGGUGGAGACCAGACCCAGAAAGUUCUUGCUCUUUUUGCACCUGAGGACUCACUCACAGCUGUGGCACUUUACCUUGCUGAUCAGUGGUGGGCUAUUGAUGAUAUUGUGAAAACAUCUGUCCCUUCUAGAGAGGGGCUUAAGCAGGUGAGAACUCUUGGGGAGAGAGUGGUUCUGUAUGUUCUGAAUCGAAUUAUUUAUAGAAAACAGGAAAUGGAGAGAAAUGAGAUCCCAUUCCUGUGUCAUAACAGUACUGAUUAUGCUAAGAUUCUGUGGAAGAAAGGAGAGGCCAUUGGGUUUUAUUCAGUUAAGCCUACAGGAAGCAUAUGUGCCUCAUUUCUUACCCAAAGCUACCAACUGCCAGUUCUUGAUACAAUGUUUGUAAGAAAGAAAUAUCGAGGCAAAGAUUUUGGGCUUCAUAUGCUGGAGGACUUUGUUGAUUCCUUUACAGAAGAUGCACUUGGCUUGCGAUAUCCACUGUCCUCUCUCAUGUACACAGCUUGCAAGCAAUACUUUGAAAAGUAUCCGGGAGACCAUGAACUCCUUUGGGAAGUUGAAGGUGUUGGGCACUGGUACCAGCGAAUACCAGUCACCAGAGCAUUGCAGAGAGAAACACUUAAGAUGACAGCACUUUCUCAAAAUGAAGCUAAAAGACCUAUGUCUGGAGAAGAUGGUCUUGCAUCUGUUCUGGAAUAUGAAGCAGGAACUGAAGACAAUCAGUCUAGUGAGAUGCAGCUAACUAUUGAUUCUCUAAAAGAUGCCUUUGCAAGCACUUCUGAAGGUCAUGAUAAAACACCUGUUUCCACUCGUACUCGGAGUAGUCAUCUAAAGCGGCCAAAGAUUGGAAAGCGGUUUCAGGAUUCUGAGUUUAGUAGUUCUCAAGGGGAAGAUGAAAAGACUCCCCAGACCUCACCCACAGCUUCAGUAAACAAAUUGGAGUCUACAGCACACACCUCAGAGAGCUCAGAAGAAUUCCUGGAAGAAGAACCUGAACAGAGAGUGAUUGAAUUUGAGGAGGAAAGUAGUGAUAAAGAUGCUCGGCAAGCACUGGAAACCCAGCCACGCCUGGAAAAGCAAGAUGGUGAAAAGGAAUCUGAAUUAGAGCCUAUGAAUGGUGAGAUAAUGGAUGAUGCUCUUAAGACCUCACUUACAACUGAAGAGGAGGACUCCACUAGUGAGGUUUUAGAUGAAGAGUUAAAAUUGCAGUCUUUUAAUUCCAGUGAAGACUCUACGAAUUUUGUUCCACUGGUAGUAGAAUCUUCAAAACCCCCUGAGGCUGUUGCACAGGAUAAGGCCUCACAUGUAACUGACUCAGAAAUGUUGCUCGAGGAAGGCCCAUCUGAUGAAAAGGGGCACCCCGAAGAGAAACUGCCACUAGUUUCAAGGAAGAAAGCCCACUUUGGGGGUUCAGACAAUGUUGCUACUAUCCCAAAUGAAGAGCGGUCUGACAGUGGUUUUCCAAACUCUGUGGUAACUGAAUUUUCUGAGGAAUCCAUCUCUGAAAACUUAUCCCCCAACACUACUUCCUCAUUGGAAGACCAGGGCGAGGAGGGGGUACCCGAGCCCCAGGAAACGUCUACAGCUCUUCCGCAGAGUUCUUUGAUAGAGGUUGAACUUGAAGAUGUGCCGUUGUCACAGAGCGCAGGACAGAGGAACCAGUCGGAGGAGCAGUCGGAAGCGUCUUCUGAGCAGCUGGAUCAGCUUACACAGUCGACAGAAAAAACUGCGGACAGCAGCUCGGAGGAGAUGGAGGUGGAAGUGCCUGUGGUGGACAGGCGGAGCUUAAGAAGAAAGGCCAAGGGGCACAAGGGGCCUGGUAAGAAGAAGGCCAAGCUGACCUGAGUGAAGAAGACACGCACAUGGCGAAUCCUCUUCUUUGUAACAUAACGGUUGUUUUUUAAAUAUGGUAAUUAAUAAAUAGCAUGGGGCACAGGACUAAAAUUCCAAAAGUUCAAUUUGGACUUAUUUAUGAUGCCGUUUUUCCCUCCCCCUUAGGACCUAGGAGUCACCAUUCUUUUUAAUUUUUCAGGCUAUUUUGUGUAAAUACAAUUUUUUAUUUUUAUUAACCAUGUUUCGAUUUGGGGAAACCAGAUCAUACUAUUUUUUCUUUAGCAUUUGGAGACAUCUGACCAUUAAUAUUUCAGAAAAUACAAAUUAAAAAACUGUGAAAGUAGUAGGCUUUCUGUUACUUGUAAGGAUCACAGAAAUCUUUUAUAUUAAGGGUUUUAAUAGUAAACUUGGUGAGGGUUCUAGAAAUUUUAUCUCAAAUAUCAAAACUAAUCACCAUUUUUUAAAAUGUAGUCAUGCCUAAACAAAAGUGUCAGUAAAUUGGAAUAAAUAUAACUUCAACUAAGUGAGCGCACAAAUACGGAAAUUUGUGGUCAAAGGUUUAUGAAGGUGUUAUUUUGGCCUCUUAAUUCUUAGUUGUGUAGAGGCAAUUUCUUCCUUUGACUUCAAUGUCGGUGGAAAGGUAGAAAAUCUGUUUCCAACUCACUCUUUAAACAUCUCAUACUAGUAGUACUGCUAGGGAUUUACCUCUGGCAUGUGGGCACUAGUGUAAGUAUUUGAAAUUUCACGUGAAGAUGGGGACUGUGCUCUUCUCACCCAGUUAACGUGUAUACUUCAGGAGUGUGAGAACCCUUCCUCAGGCUUCUUGAGCCUGCCACUGCCGUGACUCCAGAAUCUUACUUAUAUUCCCCCAGCUUUCAUCCACU